UUUCAUAUCUCUUUCAAACCAGUGUGCUGCCUAUUCACAAUUAGGACUUUGUCGUCGUCAAAGGAAUUCCCCCUUCUUUUCGAGAUGCAAAUGAAGUGCUGACUUUGGGCAAGAAGGAAUGGCUCUCCUAUGUUGUGCUAUGCAUUUGUAUAAGGGUUGUUUGGUCUCUCCUAUGUAGAGGUCCUUGCACUCCUCACUACACUGCAAUGCAUAAACAUCAUUGGAUUGUCUGAAGGUGUUUGUGGGUUUGAAAUGUAUCAGUAUGUUAUGUCUGGAGGAAAUGCUUCUGCGUUCUUCUGAUAAACCGGCCACAUAAAAGACCACCACACUUUGCUUCCUGUUUCAAUCCAGGCUUGGGUGUAGCAGCCCCUCUUCUGGCGGGUUUAAGAAAGGCCCAGUUAGGAUACCCACAGUUCCAAAGAGCCUUCCUGGUGAGUGUCUGUUCCUUCUGUCUUCUGUUGGCGGUGGCAGGGAUCUUCUCUGCUGUGUCCUGUCUGAUAACCCCCAGCUUGGGUUCAAGUGGGUGAUGGGAGUCAAAGAGCAGGUACUGGUCUGUGUGGGUAGCUUUUCUGUAGACGUCCAAAUUCUGGAUAGAGAGGACCGCGGGUUUGAAAGUUUGUGUGAAGAAGCCAUUUAUGUCAAACUAGGAAGGCCCUCUCGAGGAUGAGGUUUGCAGUAUCACCUAUUGUCUGCUUAGAACAAUGUCCUAACAUCUCUCCCCCAAAGAUUGUCUCAUUCCACUGGAGGAAUGGCCACUAAUGAGCUGUUUUGCCGCCAGGCAGGUGAUCUACCUAUUGUUUUUCUGCACCCCCAGGGGACACACCCACCAGGGACAUGAACAGGGAAACUCCACACCUAAAAAUUUAGAAGUGAAGAAGCCUUUUAGACUAAAGGUGAAACGUCUUCGACAAACAAGAAGAGUCCAGUUGCCUCCAUUCAACCUUUGCAGAUUACCAUGACCUGGAUGACUGAGAACCUACAGUCCUCCACAGACAGUACAGUACAGAUACAAGUACAGUAGUUGUUGGACAAGUUCACAAAAGUUGCACAAUAACUUGGCUGUCAAAAAUCUACUUGUGUGCCAGAACAAGAGAGGUUAAAGGUCACUGGUAACAAUGGCAAUCAGACAUGCUGGCCUCUAAACUUUGAGAAAGAUUGAUCUUCUUGUAUCAAUAACUAUCAAUACGGAUGACUGAGUCUGACAUAAAUAAUACAAAAACAUUACUCUACACUACUGCAGCCCACAGUUCAUUUUUUUAUUGGUCCAUGGCAUAAAAUCAUUUCAGUUUUAAUGAGAUAUUUAUACUUUAUUUGCUUUGUCAGCUAUUAACACAAAGCUAAGAUGUUGAAAGAUGAUGUACGUCUUUCAUAUAAAAAAAUUAUCAAAGUGGCCCCCACCAUUUUAUUUAACUUGUCUGUAUGCAACCCUGUCUGGAAAAAUUUUGUACACCCCUGGCCUAAAAGAUGAAGAAAGAAAAAGCGUCUUUCAAUUCAGGCUGUUUGACCUCAUUUGCGACCAGUCCAGGGUGUACCCUACCGCUCGCCCAAAGUCAGCUGGGAUAGGCUCCAGCAUACCCCCACGAGCCUAGUGAGGAUAAGCAGCACAGCAAAUUGAUGGAUGGAUGGACCUCAUUAGACGGUGUACCUAAUGAAGCGGCCUGACAGUAUAUAUCAUAUAUAUCAUGCAUAGUGUGUAAAAGUAGAGCAAUUAAGUAUAUUUUUGAAGUGGUUCUGACUAUAGCACGAAGAGGAGGUGAAAGUGAGAAGUGGAUGAGAGAUGUGUGUUAAUCGAUGCUAGGAGAUAAACAGCAGGUUGUGAGCACGGUUGACCUCACCAACAUGGCGGCGCCGGUCCACGACGAGGCAGAAGCUUCUCCAUCUCUGUGCCCUUACACCCUCAGUCAGUCAACUCUCUGCCAAUCAGACUUCAGAUUCGUUUCUGUUCUCUGAUUGGGUGAUCAGAGCAAAUCUGUUCUACAAGCAAAGUUACACCCACAAGUGCUAACUGAGGAAGAGAAAUUGACAUCUCUGCAGCCCCAAAGUGAACUUUGAAAAGGAUUGCAACAUGUCAGUCCAGUUUCCUGACUCUGUGUUUACCCUCCGCCCCUUCAGUGAGACUGGAGUUCUGUGGUGCUGAUAUCUUCUGAAGAUGAAUAGUGGCGGGGGGCAUUCCACCCCGGAGCUCACCAGAGGGGGGGAGUCCCAGAAGAGGAAAGACUGUCCGUCAGACCUGCUCGGGCCCAGCCCCAAGAGAAGCACGGAGAGGAGGAACCGGGAGCAGGAAAACAAGUACAUAGAGGAGCUGGCCGAGCUGAUCUUCGCCAACAUCAACGACAUGGACGACCUGAACGUGAAGCCUGACAAGUGUGCCAUCCUCAAGGAGACGGUGAAGCAGAUCAGGCAGAUCAAAGAGCAAGAAAAAGCCCCGGUGGCCGACACAGAAGAAGUACAAAAGGCAGACAUCUCGUCCACAGGGCAUGGUGUCAUUGAUAAAGAUACUCUCGGGCCCAUGAUGCUGGAGGCACUGGACGGGUUCUUCUUUGUGGUCAACAUGGAGGGCAACAUUGUGUUUGUGUCGGAGAACGUCAGCCAGUAUCUGCUCUGCCAGCAGGAGGAGCUGAUGAACACCAGCGUGUACAGCGUGCUGCAUGUUGGUGAUCACGCAGAGUUCAUCAAGAACCUGCUGCCCAAAAGCCUCGUCAAUCAUCAUAACGGCAAUUCUGCAAGCAGGAACAGCCACACCUUCACCUGUCGCAUGCUAGUUAACCCACACAUGGAAGGUGACGCGCGGCAGGCGUCAGAGCAGCACGAAGCGUCCCAGCAGAAGUACGAGACCAUGCAGUGUUUCGCCGUCUCCGAGCCCAAGUCCAUGAGGGAGGAGGGAGAAGAUCUGCAGUCAUGUCUCAUCUGUGUGGCCAGAAGAGUUCCUGUGAAGGAGAGAGGUGCCAUGGCCUCGUAUGAGAGCUUCACAACGCGCCAGGACCUUCAAGGUAAGAUCACAUCCUUGGACACCAGCCUGCUGCGGGCCUCCAUGAAGCUGGGGUGGGAGGACCUGGUACGGCGCUGCAUCCAGAGGUUCCACCUGCAGAAUGAUGGCGACAUGUCCUUCGCCAAGAGACACCAGCAAGAAGUGUUGACUAACGGCCAGGCGCUCAGCCCCCUGUAUCGUUUCUCACUGUCGGAUGGCGCCGUGGUGUCAGCUCACACUAAAAGCAAACUGGUCAGGUCGCCAGCCACCAACGAACCGCAGUUCUACUUGUCGCUGCACAUCCUGCAGAGGGAGAACAUGAGCACCAUGGCUGUGACUGCCUCCCUGGGUGGGGCCAAACCCGUCACCCUGAGCGGCUCCUGCCCAGACGCCACAGUCAUCACCAACCACCUCACCACAUCUGCGUGCGGCUAUGGCCGAGCCCCCACGCCACAGGGAAACGGCCACGUGCUCAAGCUGGGCAGCCCCUUAACCCCGCAGGGAAGCCCCAGCAUCACCUCGGGGGCACAGGGUGCCAUUUUAUCCCCUCGCCAUCGCCACAGUCCCAGUAUGGCAGCAAGCAGCAGCAGUAGCAGCCCCCAAAUCCCCCAACACCCCUCUGCUUCAUACUCACCUGCUGGUGGCCUCCACUCACCAGUGUCCGUCUGCAGCAGUACGGCAAACAACCACGGCUUCAAUAGCAACCCGCUUGGUGCCCUGCAGGCCCUCAGCCAGGGCCAUAGAGCUUCACAGGGCCUCGCUGAGGGCCAGCAUCCCGACUCCUCUGAUAGUAAAGCUUCUGACCUGCACAGCCCUCUUCCCAGCAGUCAGGACAAGGACCAUCUCAGUUUAGAGGCAGAUGUGCUUGGACGUUUUGUGGAGCAGCAGGCCUUGUUGUCAUCCCAAAGUCAGGAGUGCGAGCUGGUCCAUGGAAGGGACGAGGACCCUGACAGCUUUGAAGGAAAUGGAAGCUUGGAUGAGCUGGGCGACACCCCAGACCGCCUUCUGAACACCAAAGGCCACACCCAGUUGCUCCAGCUCCUUACCACCAAAUUGGAACCUGCAGAUCCUUGCUCGUCUCCGCUGGGGGACGAGCAGAACUGUAAAGAGCUGGCCGGCCUAGGGGGGGUUGGUGCCUGUUUAGGGGUGGGACCCAACAACCACUCCACUUCGCUCAAGGAGAAACAUAAAAUUCUGCACAGGUUGCUGCAGAACAGCAGCUCACCCGUGGAGCUGGCCAAGCUGACGGCUGAGGCCACCGGGAAAGAGCCCACUGGCCCUGAGUCCGCCACGGAUGACAACAUGACCACCCUGUGUGAGCUGGGACUCAAACAGGAUCCGGAGAGCCCCAAAAAGAAGGACAACGUUUUACUCCGUUACCUACUGGAUCGUGACGAUAACGGCAUCCUGGAUAAAGCCAUCAAGAUGGAGACCGGUGAUGGCCCGAAGCUGCCCAACAUUAAGACGGAGAAACCAGACGCAGGUUACAACGUGGCUGACCAGACCAGCGAGCUAGAGGAGCUUCUGGAGGAUCUUCAGGGCGGUGGCCAGCAGCAGCUGUUCCCCCGGCACCCCCCUUCCCAAGGCCCAACGCCCACUUCCUCCUCCUCUUCCUCUGCAGCGCCCGGGUUCUCCAUGGAGAAGCAGAGCAUCAUUGGCGACAUCCUGCAGAUGAUGGACAGUGGCCAUGGCAGCCCGCCACCUCAGCAGCGCGCCUUCCCCUCCACUGCAGGUGGCACCCGGCCUGGCCACCCAGUUCGUGGUGCUCCUCCUGCGAGAAGCGUCUCCCUAGAUGGUGCUAUGGGCCCUGGUCCCUCCAGGUCCCUCCUACCACAGCACAGGAACAACAACCCCUACUCUUUACCUCAGCAGCAAGGCAUGAUGGGAAGCUAUGCAGGCACAGCUAACAACCAGAAUGCCAUGUUGGGUGGUGGGCCAGUACGGGGCUCCCUGCAGCAUGACUGGAGCCCCCAGGGGCCUGGAGGAGCCAUCCCAGCACCAGUCAUGGUCCAAGGUGUCAGACCAGGCCGUAUGGUGUCCAACAUGAACAGUGCUGUACCAUCUAAGGGCAGCAGUGUGCCCCCAUCUAGAUCCAUGGUCAACAUGCAGAUGAUGGGCAGCGAAAUGGAGAUGGCUAACUCCACCUACCCUCAGCAGCGCACACAGUCCAAUCAGACGGCUCCGUGGCCUGACAGGAUGAUGAUGAUGUAUCACUAUGGAAACCAAAGCAGGUCGUCAUACAACGUCCCCCAGGAAGACGGGAUGGGCUGCUGUGGGGUGGGGUCCGAAGGUCCAGCGGAUGAAGGAACCCUUCUGAACCAGCUGUGCUCAGUGCUGAAGGACUAUGAGGGACUGGAAGAACUUGACAAGAUGUUAGGGAUCCCCACACUGGCUGGACAGGGUCCUCUGUCAGACCAGGACCAGUUCUUCAGCUCCUCUGACCUUGCGUCCUCCAUGAAGCCGCCUCUGUACAGUCAACACUACACCGCUCAGUCGGGCUAUGGCGACAUGCCUCUUGACUCCUACCUCUGCCCUUCUAUGGGUGCCCACAUGGGGCAACAGAGAGUCAUCGGCUACCCCCCAAUGAUGAGAAUGCCUGCAGUUGCUGGGCCCAGAUCGGCUGGCUUGAGACCUGGCGGGCCGAACCCUGUAGUGCCUCCACAGCCCAACAACUUGAGGCUGCAGCUGCAGCACAGACUGCAGGCCCAGCUGAACCGACAGCCCAUGGUGAACCAGAUGUCCAGCAUGAAUCUACCUCUCAGGUCCAACGUUCCAAACCAGGGAUCGUUCAACGCUCAGUUAUUGUCUCAACGUCAGCACGAGUACCUCAGCAACCACCUGCGCCAACGCCAGCAGCAACAACAACACGUGCACCAGCAGCGUGCCAUGAUGGCUGUCAACAUGGCUGCCCCCAGUUCACGUCUGUCUCAAAGCAACACGCAACAGUUUUCCUACCCGGCCCCCAGUUAUGGCAUAAGUCAGCAACAUCAGGACGCCGCGUCAGGCUUCUCAUGUGCUUCCGGGACCCCUCAGAGCAUGUUGUCCCCCAGGAUGGUGCAGGCCCAGAGUGCUGUGAUGCAGCAGAACCAGACCCAAAUGCAAGGAGGGGCGCCAGGCUACUCAAGCAGCGGUGGUGACCUCAACGGGUGGAUGCAGCCUGCCAACACCAGCAACGGCUUGUACCAACAACAAACGCAGUUCUCCUCACAAACCACUGGAGGCAUGUACAACAACAACAACAACAACAACAACAACAACAUGACCCCUAGGGGAGGCAACACGAACCACAUGUCAGGUCACAUGACCCCCAUGACCGCCAUGACCUCUGAGCAGGUGAGUGACAGCAGUCUGAUCUUGGAUCAGCUGGCAGAAAUGGACAUGCUGACACAGGAGGCCGACAUCAACUCUAACUUUUGCUGACUCUGGACACAAAAUCCUGCUUAGUUUGACUCUCAUCCAGAAAAGGUCCAAAUGUCGUCUUGACCAAAAAAGACUUAAAGGAAACAAGCUGAUUCCCUUUACAUACACAGGGUGCCCCUAAAGUCUGGACAUAUAUUAUGACACAUAGAUUAAAAAAUGUUUCAUAUAUAAAUAAUUUGUGAAUACUUAAAAAAUAAUAUUAAAAUAAUUAAAUAAUAAAUAAAACAUAUUAUAAAAUAAUAAAAUAAAAUACAAACCUUUUGUCAUAUUAUAUCUAUAUUAAAUGUAAAAUGUAAUAAUUUAAUACUACUGUAUAUGCAUUUUUGCUGUGUGUCCAGACUUUAGGGACAUCCUGUAUUAGUGCUAAUACACACACACACACACACACACAAACAUAUAACUUGUUCAUUAAGACGCUGUUUUUCUGAUAAACGUGUGUGUUGAUGAUCUCAAGCUUUAAUUCAAAUUUGACCUCAACGUGGUUGUUAUUUUCACAUUUUAUUUGUGAGACUGAGGCUCCUACAAAUCUUUUAUAGCUGUUUAUAAGAUUUAAAGUAGAUGAAAGUUUAUCUUGUAUAUUGUUGACCUUAAAAAUAGAAUAAUAUAUUUCGACUGCUGUAGUUUUUGGGCCAUGAGAAGGGGCAGGGGUGUACAGAUGGUGUAAAUACCAGUAAGAAUAGAUCUUAUAUUUCCUAAAGUGGUAUUACUUUGCAGCAAUGCAGAGUGGAAAGCCAACAAACACAAGAUUCAACCUCAAAUGAUCACUUUAUGACUUUUAAAAAGUAGAAAAAGCUUUGCUGGCUUCACUUGAACCAAAAUGAUAUCUUUCCAUUUGGUUGGCUAAACUCAGUCAUUGCUAACAGAGUCAAUACAUCUCGUAAUCUAUUGUAUGUAUUUCUAUAAAGAUGGUACACGCUUUUUGACUUUCAGCCUGACAGUUGAAGUCAAUGUGAAAGCGAAUACAUGCUAGACCUGGGGUGUCCAAACUUUUUACCAUGAGAGCCGCAUACUGAAAAAUGUCAGGAUAUUUACAAUAUUCUUCAGCUUUUUGUUUAUCCAACACCUUGUACAGUGCUUAACACAUUUAUUAGACCACCUGACAUAAUAACACCUAUAUUUCAUACAGCUUUCAAAAAUGUUAUUCAUUUGGAAAUGAACAACUAAAUCAUUUUUUCACACAUAAGCAAAUAACUUUUUUUUGUCUGAUAACAGCUUGUAAACUAUUUUUUCCCUGUUCAUGAAUGCAAGUAUUUACUUACAUUUUAUGAAAAAAGUAUGUAAUAAUAAUAUUGUGCUUUUACUAUUUUUUUUUUUUUUUUAUAAAUAGCAAAUUUGAUCAUUCAUGCCUAACAACAAUAAUUGCAUUUUAGCAGUACUGCACUGGUGUUUUAACCAUUACAAAACAUAAAAAAUGAUUUCAGUUUCAUUAUUUUAGGGCAGCUGUGGCAUAUACCUUCCAUUGGGUGGCGCUCUAACACGAUUGUCAGCACUGUUGAUCAACAUUUGCAUGCUAUGCUAUGCUAACUUUUUUUUUUUUUUACAUAACCUUUUUCUUUUUACUGUGGCCCUAAACCUUCUUUGUAAUGUUCUGAUGUGGGCCAUGUUUAAUUCUAUUUUUAGAAUACGCUGCGGGACAAUAAACAAAUGAGCUGCGGGUCACAAAAGCCCCUCGGGCCAUGCUUUGGACACCCCUGUGCUAAACUAAUAAGCUCAUAUCCUAAGCCUUAACUGACUUUAGUGGUCACUCGCCAACGUUAGUAUGUAGCCUCUUAGCAUUUCAACGUGAUUGACUCCAUUCGACUGCUCAAAGAGAUUUAACCAUAUUUCAUUAAAACUUGAUUUUCAACAACAAGACGCAAUGACGCUGCAGGCUUAAAAUGGCACUAGAAGGUUUAAGUGUAAUGUUUUAAUUUAAAAGAGUGCAUUUAUGUAAAAAGCCUGGACAGAAAAACAAACAAAGUUAUAUGAACCUAUACCAACUGGAAUGUGAUAGACCAGGGGUGUCCAAACUUUUUCCACCGUUGGCGGCUUUCAGUGCAAAGGAUGUGGGUGGGGCAUUUUGAUAUAAGAUAUUAUCUUUUGAUAUUUUUCAUUUUAUACAAGAAAAAAAAAACUGCUAAAACCAAUGCAUAUGCAACAAAGGUCAGUGUUUCCCACAGGAGUGCAAUCUAUCUGUGGCAUUGCGUUGGGUUGGGCGACAUGACGUCAUUGUGUAAUUCGCAUAAUUGGCCAUGACUCAAAACGCAAGACAGAGUGGAGAUUUUCAAAAACUCCAACUAGGUGUGUGCUUGUGUGUGGAUGGGUAAAACGGACCUUUUUGGUUUGUGAUUAAAAAAAAAAAUGUAAAAGUUUUUUUUUUUUUUUUAAAAAAAAGGUAGGACCAAAUUUAUCUGUGACGGUCUCAAUUUAAUCUUGGUGGGCCGCCACAAAUAAAUCAACAUAUGGGAAACGCUUAUGUUAUAUAUAUUUAAAGAAAAAAGCAUGCACGUCAGUUUUGUGUUAUUAGGAUUGGGUUAUUUAGCUUUUUCCUUACGUGCUUUUGUUUUCAUCAUUUUGGCUGUUUUUUUAGCAGCUGUAUUCAUAGAAUAUGCCAAGGACUGAUUAAAAAAAAAAUUAAAAAUAAAUAGGGGCCGCAAAAGGCACCUGGGGCACACUUUGGACACCCCUGUUAUGUACGUUUGAGGACGAAUACUAGCAUGUCCAUUAGCUGUUUGAGGUGCUUUCAGCUAUCUUUGUCUCUUCUAUUGAUGCUCCUGAAAUGAUACACAGGCUUUUUGUAUAAACUUGAAUGAUGACACACUGAAAUGAAUUGUUAGCCUUUUAGCACUGAUUCUUCAACUGUUGUUGUUUUUUUUGUUUUUUUUGGUGGUUAAAGCCCAAAGACUUAAUGAGGAAAGCCAUUCAGAUGUUGUGAGUGGAUGUAAAGCCUCUCGUAGUGCACGUAUGUAUUGAAAUAUAUAUAAAUACACUACUUUUCUUACUUGAUAGAUGAUAUUUUUAUGGCUGCAGAAUACUGUUUCAUGCACGUAACUUUGAUGCUAAAUAGCUAGCAUAAUAAUAAUGCCUUAGAAGUGGGUGAGUCUGUGUGACAUUUACACGUUUCAUUUGCAGAGUGAAUGUCUUUAAAAAUAGAUUAGCUGGAAAAAACGUUAUCAUGUCCGUUUGUGACGACAGUGUUUCAUCCAUCUUGUGUUGACAAGUAAAUAAAUAAAUAUAUAAAGUGAUGAUUGUAAAUCCAAGAUGGAAUUAUAUAAUUAUAAACUUUAAUUUGGCGUCAGAGAAUUAAACCCAGGCUAAAAAACAUUUUAUUUUACUGUACUUUUUGAAAAUUGUUCUACACUUUAGUGUAAAGUUACAUGAUUGACGCACACGGUUCACAGUUUAUUAAAAAAAAAAAAAAUUCCAUGUUGAUGCUGUUUAAUGAAGCAAGUUGUCAAUGCUAAUGUUGCUUUUGUCCACGCUGCUUGUUAAUUUAUGAUUGAUGCCACUGUAAAUAAAUUAUUUU